GACACGGAAGGGGCGGCGCCUCCUCCUCCUUCUCCGGGCCACCCGGGCCCCGAGGCCGCGCAGGCGAGCGGAGGACGCAGCCCUGGCGGGACUGGACUGCGAGCUGCGUGAGGGCGGAGGCUUUGCCUGCCUCGGCCUAAGGCCAGUGGCAGCGCAGAACAGCCCGGGAGGCACAGCGGCAGACUGCGUGGCCACGGAGGGAAGGGAACACCGCCUCUCAGCCCCGGGUCUCUCUGGGUCAGCCCUGCGGACCUCCACACUGUGAUACGUAGGGUCUGGGCGUGCAGGAGGCGGCCAUCUGGAACAUGUCUCGGCCAGCCCUAGCCUCUGCUGCCCACAGCUGUGCCCUCCCACGCCCAUGGCCUGUCCGGGCCCGUCACUGCCUGGUGCCUUUGACCUCCUAGCUGCUGCUGGGCGGGAAAAGCUGGUCAUCCUGCGACACAAGCUGCAGACGGUGCACAAGGGCCACCGUGGCGCCAGCCUCCUCCACGCCAUGGUGCUGUUGCAGCUGGGCCGGGACGCUGAGGCCCGGGUCUCGCUGGACGCCUCCAAGGCUGACGCUGUGGCCCGGCUUGUGGCCCGCCAGUGGGCCGGCAUGGACAGUGCCGAGGCCCCCGAGGACCCCACGGAUGUGUCCUGGGGCAUUGCCCGCCUGUACCACCUGCUGGCUGAGGAGAACCUGUGCCCGGCCACCCUGAGGGACGCAGCCUACCAGGCGGCCCACCAGGCCCUCAGCUCCUGCGGGGACCCGAGGCUGGGUGAGCUGCGGCGUGAGGCCGGGGCCCGCCUCGGGUGGGACGCCCUCCGGGCCUCGGGGCGCUUCCAGCCGCUCUGCUCCAGUGAGGGUCCCCUGCCUCCGUCGUCAGCGUCGCUGUCGGGGUCCUGGAGCCUCGCCUGCCCCAUCGAGGCCUGGAGCCACGGGUGCUCCCUGCGCUCCACCGGCAGCCCGGCCUCACUGGCCAGCGACCUGGAGAUCAGCCAGUCGCCCACCAUGGCCUUCUUCAGCCAGCCCCGCAGCCCCCAUGGGCCCAGCAAGCUCUGCGAGCAGCCCCUGGGGCCCGAGCCUGUUCCCACAGGCGGCCAGGAGCCCGAGGAGAUGAGCUGGCCCUCUGUGGCCGAGAUCACGGUGUCCCCGGCAGCUCUCACCUCCCGGGUCCCCGAGGUGGGCGCCAACCCGCCCUCUUGGGGCCUCCGCGAAGGCUCCCCCGCCGCUCCGGAGACUGGCACCCGUUAUCCGGUGGAGUGCUCAGAUGAGUCCACAGCCCCCAAAUCUCUCUCCUUGCCCCAUCCGGAACCCACAGAAAGUCUUUGCCCUGUCAAGGACCAGACAACGCCCCCAAUUUCUGUGGAAGACACCACACCACAGGAGACUAACCCUGGCCCGCCAGCAUCCUUGGCCCCGGAGACCUCCCUGCCUCUUCCUCCUGCUCCUUCCCCAUCCUCCAGCUCCUCGGUGCUGCCAGCCCCCUCCUGCCCGCCCUGCCCUCCUUCCUUGGAGUCGGAGGCCUCGGAGCAGAAGUUUUAUAACUUCGUGGUCCUCCACGCCAUGGCGGACGAAGAUGUGGCCUUGCGUGUCCGGGAGAAGCUGGAGGCCCUGGGGGUCCCCGACGGGGCCACGUUCUGCGAGGACUUCCAGGUGCCCGGGCGCGGUGAGCUCCGCUGCCUGCAGGACGCCAUCGACCACUCAGGCUUCAUCAUCUUGCUCAUGACCCCCAACUUCAACAGCGCCCUGGGCCUGCACCAGGUCAACCAGGCCCUGACGAGCAGCUUCACGCACCACGGCCGCUAUGACAGCGUCAUCCCCUUCCUGCCGCUGGAGAGCACCCCGGGGCUCCGGGGCUCCGACACCUCGCGCCUGCUCUCGGGCCUCGUGUGGCUGGACGAGCACUCCAAGAUCUUCGCCAGGAAGGCGGGCAACACUUUCAAGCCCCAGAGGCUGUGGGAGCGCAGGGCACACUGGCAGAGGGAGCAGGAGGCGAGGGCCCGGCUGCGGGGCAGCCAGCGCCUGGACAGCGAGAGACGGCAGGCCGAGGCCCUGCACGCCGCACACGCCGCCUACCUGCGCAGCUACCUGGGCUGGCAGGCGCAGGUGGACAAGCUCCAGGUGGACUUCGGGAGCCGCUUGUCACUUGGGACGCAGGUGCCUUAUCCGCCUCAGGGGCCCUUCAGUGUCCAGGGGCCUUGGGGAGCCCCGCCACCCUUCCCAGGCUGGCCAGAAAGUCCUGAGCCACCAGCACCGCCUCCAGGGCACACUGGGAGCCCCUCGCCGGCCUUCCCGCAGCCUCCAUCCUUCCCCCAGCCCCCCGCCUGUCCCCAGCCCACCUUCCAGCAGCCCUCCGCCUUCCCGCCUGCCUCCCCCGCCUCCCCUCAGGCCCCCCUCAUUAUCCACCACGCCCAGAUGGUGCAGGUGGGAGGGAGCAACCGCAUGUGGAACCAGAGAGCAGUCCCGGCCCCUGAGGACCAGGCGCAGGACCCGGAAAGGCGGAGUGACCAGGCCUGACGCCCUGGGGACCACACCGCCGUCCUGGCAAAGGCUUUGGGCAGGACAUUCCCGGUGGGCAGUGGCAGAUGGGCACAUUUGCCACUUUUAAGACCUGGUGCUGCAGGGCCAUUGUGUCUCAGGGUGUAAAGCCUGGAGGAGCCAGGCCUGGUGCUGCACACCCGUCAUCUCCGCAGUCUGGUAGCUGAGGCAGGAGGGUCGAAAGUUUGAACCCGGAGUGGGCAACUUAGCGAGACCCUGUGUCAAAAAUAAAAAAUAAACAAAAGGGCCGGGACGCAGCUCAUUGUGACCACCCCGGGCUCCAGCACUUCGGGGGCAGCGGAGCGCCAGGGGAGCGGACAGACCUGGACACGGUGUUUACAGACUCAGCCUAGUUCUGGGUAGAGGUCUUAGUGGCGGUGGGUACUGGAGGGAGGUUUUUUUUUUUUUGAUACCGGAAAUCGAACCCAGGACCUUGCGCUCGCCAAGCAGGCGCUGUGCCGCUGA